UUUCCCCCACCCAAAGAACAGCCUCUCCCUCCUCACCGAGUCCACUCUCAACGUGCUGAAAUGGGAAGGAGGCGGUGUUUUGCUGAUCUGUUAAAUUCUUAGUGAAGUUCCCUUGAUUUCCAGUGGCUGCUGUUGUUUGAGUUUGGUUUGGAUAAAAACUGAGGUUGUCCUGGCAUUCCUGGGACUGAAUCCAGGCAAGAGGAAGAAGAAAACGAAGGAGAAGGAAACGAGGAGGGGGAAAAAGGUGGGGAGAAAGAAAGGGAGGAGAGAGGCGCAGGGAAAGAGAAAAAGCCUACUUUCAACAUCACAUUCCUGUGUUUUCCCUCAGCCUGGAAAACAUAUCAAUCCCAGUGCCUUUCUGCUCGGAAACAAAGGGACUAAGCCAGACGGUGGGGGAAAGGGUGAUAAGAAGGAUCCUGGAACUCUAAAGAGAGCAAAGAGGGAGACGCAGGGGCUUCCUGUCUGUCCGCACAGGGAUUGGCACACACAGACACAAGACACAGCAGGAAGGACAGAAAAAUGGAGAUGCACAGACGUAAAAGGACAGCUCCUGUCACCUCAUCCUACUUGUCAAGAAGGUAAAGAGACAGCCUGAGAGAAAAGAAGAGAGCCGCUGAGCCCUCAGGUCAGGACAGGCGACCGGAGCUGGAGCUGCAGCGCGCCCCAGCCUCGCGAAGGAGACAGAGGGUUGGGAGGAAAAGCAUUUCAUCUAGGAAACUGUCCUGGGACCACACUUCAGAUUGCGCUUUAAACCCCCGGCAUUCCAUCUCCAUGAGCCACAGUUGGAUUGCACAAUGACAUGGAGAAUGGGACCCAGUUUCACCAUGCUGGUGGCCAUGUGGCUGGUGUGUGGGUCAGAACCCCACCCCCAGGCGAUGAAUGGAGGGGGCCAUGGAGGACAGAAAGCGCCUCUGGUCCCCCCAGUCCACAGAAGGCCCGCUCGGCUGCUGAGGCACACGGGGAGGUCUCAGGGAAUGGAGAGAACCGCGCCGGGAGAAGGACACCUUCAGCCUCUCCAAAGAAGGCGCAGCGUGCCGGUGCUGAGAAUAGCUCAUGAGAAGGCCCCGCCAGCCCCGCUGGACGUCCAUGGGGCUCGGGGGAGACCGGAGCGGAGACCAGCAGCCCGGGCUUCUCCCCGGGAGAUGGUCCGAGAUGAGGGGUCCUUGGCUCGGUCCAGAAUGCUGCGCUUCCCCUCGGGGUCCAGCUCGCCCAACAUCCUGGCCAGCUUCGCGGGGAAGAACCGCGUGUGGGUCAUCUCGGCCCCCCACGCCUCGGAGGGCUACUACCGCCUGAUGAUGAGCCUCCUGAAGGACGACGUGUACUGCGAGCUGGCGGAGAGGCACAUCCAGCAGAUCGUGCUGUUCCACCAGGCGGGCGAGGAGGGCGGCAAGGUGCGCAGGAUCACCAGCGAGGGCCGCGUGCUGGAGCAGCCGCUGGACCCCGGCCUCAUCCCCAAGCUCAUGAGCUUCCUGAAGCUGGAGAGGGGCAAGUUCGGCAUGGUGCUGCUGAAGAAGACGCUGCAGGUGGAGGAGCGCUACCCGUACCCCGUCCGGCUGGAGGCCAUGUACGAGGUCAUCGACCAGGGCCCCAUCCGCAGGAUCGAGAAGGUCCGGCAGAAGGGCUUCGUGCAGAAGUGCAAGGCCUCGGGGGUGGAGGGCCAGGUGGUGGAGGAGCACGGCCACCGGGACCCCCCCGUGGGGCCAGGUCCUCACAAGCCAGCCAAGGGGAAGCCCCCCAAAAAGAAAGCCCAAGACAAAAUCCUCAGCAAUGAGUACGAGGACAAGUAUGACCCCAGCCGGCCCACGGCCUCGCAGCUGGAGGAGGAGUUGCAGGUGGGGAAUGUCCCCCCGCAGAAAGCGAAGGAGUCCAAGAAGCACGAGAAGCUGGAGAAACCCGAGAAGGAGAAGAAGAAAAAGGCCAAGAGUGAGAAGGCAGACAAGUUGCUCAAGAGUGAAAAGCAAGCGAAGAAGGACAAGGCGGAGAAGAAGAGCCGGCCGGAGAAGGAGAAGAGCAAGAAGAAGAAGGCGGGCCCCGCCGAGCAGGACGGCUCCCUGAAACCCACCACCAAGGACUUCGCGCCGAGUCCCAAGAAGCUGGUGGCCGACCUGCUGGGCUCCUUCGAAGGCAAGCGAAGGCUCCUGCUGAUCACCGCUCCUAAGGUUGAGAACAACAUGUAUGUGCAACAGCGAGAUGAAUAUCUGGAAAGUUUCUGCAAGAUGGCCACCAGGAAAAUCUCUGUGAUCACCAUCUUUGGCCCUGUCAACAACAGCACCAUGAAAAUCGACCACUUCCAGCUAGAUAAUGAGAAACCCAUGCAAGUGGUGGAUGAUGAGGACUUGGUAGACCAGCAUCUCAUCAGCGAGCUGAGGAGAGAGUAUGGAAUGACCUAUGAUGACUUCUUCAUGGUGCUAACAGACGUGGACCUCAGAGUCAAGCAAUACUAUGAGGUGCCUAUAGCAAUGAAGUCUGUGUUUGAUCUGAUCGAUACUUUCCAGUCCCGAAUCAAAGACAUGGAAAAACAGAAGAAGGAGGGCAUUGUUUGCAAGGAAGACAAGAAGCAGUCACUGGAGAACUUCCUAUCCAGAUUCCGAUGGAGGAGGCGGUUGCUGGUGAUCUCUGCUCCUAAUGAUGAAGACUGGGCCUAUUCACAGCAGCUCUCGGCCCUCAGUGGUCAGGCAUGCAAUUUUGGUCUGCGCCACAUAACCAUUCUGAAGCUUUUAGGCACUGGAGAGGAAAUUGGGGGCGUCUUAGAACUAUUCCCGAUUAAUGGGAGCUCUGUUGUUGAGCGAGAAGACGUACCAGCCCAUUUGGUGAAAGACAUACGUAACUAUUUUCAAGUGAGCCCUGAAUACUUCUCCAUGCUUCUAGUUGGAAAAGAUGGAAAUGUAAAAUCCUGGUAUCCUUCCCCAAUGUGGUCCAUGGUGAUCGUGUAUGAUUUAAUUGAUUCGAUGCAACUCCGGAGACAGGAAAUGGCCAUUCAGCAGUCACUGGGGAUGCGCUGCCCGGAAGAUGAGUAUGCAGGCUACGGUUACCAUAGUUACCACCAAGGAUACCAGGAUGGUUACCAGGACGACUACCGUCACCAUGAGAGUUACCACCAUGGAUACCCUUAUUGAACAGAAAUAUGUAACCUUAGCCCCAGUCAGUUUCCCCUUCAUCUGUUAAAACCACAUGUGGCCAGCUACGUAAAGGAAUUCUGCCUACAUUCCACACUGCCCACUACAUUCCCUUCCUUUUUCUUUCUGUGUUCUUCCAAGAUUAAAUAAUAGCAAACCUUGGUCUA